GUUUGCCCUUUAAUUGCAGAGCUCAGAUCUCCGUCGCAUCAACUUCCAGGAGCGGGCAGCGGGCGCCGACGGGAGUAUCAGUCCCUCCCGCCCAGGGACUGGGUCAGGCAGCUGCGGCGUUCAGCGUUCUCCCGCACCGUCGCCAUGGGCGGCUCGGCCUCCAGUCAGCUGGACGAGGGCAAGUGCGCCUACAUCCGAGGGAAAACUGAGGCUGCUAUCAAAAACUUCAGUCCCUACUACAGUCGCCAGUACUCUGUGGCUUUCUGCAAUUAUGUACGCAGUGAAGUAGAACAGCAAAGAGAUUUAACAUCACAAUUUUUGAAGACCAAGCCACCAUUGGAGCCUGGAACAGUUUUGUAUGAAGCAGAGCUAUCACAGUUUGCUGAGGACAUAAAGAAAUGGAAGGAGAGAUAUGUUGUGGUUAAAAAUGACUUUGCUGUGGAAAGCUAUGAGAACAAAGAGGCCUAUCAGAGAGGAACUCCCCCUAAAAGCCGAAUUCUUCCAGCUGGUGGCAAGGUGUUAACCUCAGAAGAUGAAUACGGUUUAUUAUCUGAUCGGCAUUUCCCAGACCCUAUUGCGUCCAGUGAGAAGGAGAACACGCAGCCCUUUGUGGUCCUGCCCAAGGAAUUCCCAGUGUACCUGUGGCAGCCAUUCCUCAGACAUGGCUACUUCUGCUUCCAGGAUGCCGCUGACCAGAAGAAGUUCAGUGCUCUCCUGAGUGACUGCAUCAGACAUCUAAAUCAUGAUUAUAUGAAGCAGACGACAUUUGAAGUCCAAGCCUUUUUAGAAGCUGUGCAAUUCUUCCGACAGGAGAAGGGACACUAUGGCUCGUGGGAAAUGAUCACUGGGGAUGAAGUCCAGAUCCUGAGUAACCUGGUGAUGGAGGAGCUCAUGCCAACCCUUCAGACAGACAUCCUGCCUAAAAUGAAGGGGAAGAAGAAUGACAGAAAGAGGGCCUGGCUCGGUCUCCUCGAAGAGGCCUACAACCUGGUUCGGCAUCAAGUUUCAGAAGGAUUAAGUGCAUUGAAGGAGGAAUGCAGGGCUCUGACGAAAGACCUGGAAGGCACCAUCCGUUCAGACAUGGAUCAGAUUGUGAACUCAAAGAACUUUUUAAUUGGAAAGAUCAAAGCGAUGGUGGUUCAGCCAGCAGACAGAAGUUGUGCAGAGAGUGUGCAGCCAUUCCUGGCAUCCAUUCUGGAGGAGCUCAUGGGACCGGUGAGCUCAGGAUUCAGUGAAGUACGCUCACUCUUUGAAAAAGAAGUGGAUGAACUUAACCAGAACUUUCAGACCACCAAAGACAGUGCCCAGCUAAAGGAGCAUCUAGACCGGCUUAUGAAUCUUCCAUUGGAUUCCGUGAAGAUGGAACCUUGUUAUAGUAAAGUCAACCUGCUUCAGGAGCACCUGCAGGAUCUCAAGAGCCGCUUCAGAUUCCCCCACAUUGACCUGGUGGUCCAGAGGACGCAGAACUACAUGCAAGAGCUAAUGGAGAAUGCGGUAUUCACUUUUGAGCAGUUGCUUUCCCCACAUCUCCAAGGAGAGGCCUCCAAAACCACAGUCGCCAUCGAGAAGGUUAAGCUCCGAGUCUUAAAGCAAUAUGAUUAUGACAGCAGCACCAUCCGGAAGAAGAUAUUUCAAGAGGCGCUGGUUCAAAUCACACUUCCCACCGUGCAGAAGGCACUGGCGUCCGUGUGCAAACCGGAGCUUCAGAAAUAUGAGCAGUUCAUCUUUGCAGAUCACACCCAUAUGAUCCAUGUUGAAAAUGUCUAUGAGGAGAUUUUACAUCAGAUCCUCCUUGAUGAAACUCUGAAAGUGAUAAAGGAAGCUGCUAUCCUGAAGAAACACAAUUUAUUUGAAGACAACAUGGCCUUGCCCAGUGAAAGCGUGUCCAGCUUAACUGAUCUAAAAACUCCUGCAGGGUCAAACCAGGCCAGCCCUGCUAGGAGAGCCUCAGCCAUUCUGCCAGAAGUUCCAGAUAGUGAGAUCCUGAGUAACGAGGUAUUCCAGGAGUCGGGGGAAAAGAAACAGCCAGGGGUCCCUAGUCCAUUGGCCAAAGGAGAAAGCCUUUGUUUCCCUGUGCCCAGCCCGACCCCAGAUGGGGACAGGCAGGUCAUCAUUUCAAGCACAGAUGACCCUGUUGUGAAUCCUGUGGCUGCAGAAGACACAGCAGGAGCCCUGGGCAAACACUCCUCAGAGCUGGAGUUUGGAGAGACUCAUGAGGGCCAAGAGCCCACCCAGGAAAAGCCAGAGCCCACCUCCGCCUUGGGCUCCUUGAAAGAGCUCAGAAAUUUGUUGACGGUGACCACUGAAGUACCAGCGGAAUCUGCCACGCCUGAGAUCGAAAAAGAUACAAGUAAGGAGACGCUUGUUCCCCAAGAAAUUGAAAAAGAAGAGGAAACGACCCAGAUCUACACAGAGACCAAUCAAGCAGCUGCUUCUAGUCAGGUCAACAGCGAAGAAAGUGAGGUCAGUGAGAGGGAGGCCCAUCCUCCCUCUCCCGAGGCUGAGGCUGGUGGGGUAGAGUUGGGGGCAUCUCCAGAGGCUCAGCCAGCCUGGGGGGUGCUCAGCGAGGGCGCCAGGGGCCCAGGCCCCUUAGAGGAGCCAGCGGAGGCCGGGGAGCCCACGGAGAGGGAGCUCACGGCGGGGUCUUCCGGACUGGAUGCCCUUGAAGGAGGAGGGCCCAGGUGCGCUGUGGAGGCUGAGGCUGUGCCCCAAGAAGUUUGCAAGUUAAGUUCUGACCCCGUCAGCCCCAGUGAGAGCCAGGUUUCUCUGGAAGAAGAGUCGGUGGGAGGGAGUCGCAGCACAGCCCAGGCUACCGCUAGCGUGGAGGCAAAGGAGAGUAAGGCCGCCCGCGUUCACGAGUGUCAGUGGGUGGUUGAGAGUGACGCAGACACCUAUAGCCUAGAUUCACAGAGAGAAGAUCCCCCAGCGCAGCCCUCGGAGGAGUGAAACGGACAAUUUGCCAAAAGUCUUUCUUUGAACAAACUCAGCCAAAAGGAUACAGCUCAAGGAUACACUUAGGGGUUGCCUGCAGUUUGUUACCAGAACAAAAAGAAAAAAAAAUUAUCAAGUACUUCCUUAAUUUGUGUAAUGAAGGUAGAGGGAAUGCGCGUAGAGCAUGAGCGCUGAGGCAAACCUUUGUGCAGUGGAACUGUUCUGCCAUGAAUUACUGCUUUAGCAUUUUGACAGGAAUUACAAAGGUAACGGAGUGUGUGGGGUGAGAGGCAGCUGAGGGUGUCCCGGGAGGGAGGGUGCUGCGGAGAAGACAGUCGGAGCGUUCUGCACAUUCUCUUCUAAUGCACUUCAAGGCUUCUGAAGUUUUUGUAAGAAUGCAAAGGCAUGCAGUAAAUGCAGCUUUGCCGUCUGCUUACUAUACCAGCCUCACGGUCUCUUAAGGACUCAGCAUUAGUCCACAUUCAGGCUGCAAGAAAGGGGGCUGGUGAACGUCAGUCCCCCCUGCUGUGUGCAGCCCCACAGAGCCUGAGAGAUCAUGCCCGAGACAUCUCAGGGGAAGCUGAGCAGAAACGGAGGAAGGUUGUGGUCUGUGCAGCUGUCUGGGCCUCUUCCCAAUUGUGCUAUCAAUUUCUUACUAAUUAAUCUUGUUAAUUCUUAUAAAUUAAUCACUUUCUGGAGAAAAUCAGAUGAGACGAGGAAAUUUCCUGGGCAUGUUUAAGCCUGAAAACAUUCCAAAUUAGCCUUAGACUGUGCAGAGAAAGAGCUUAGCUGAAUUAUCGAACAUAAAGCCUACCAAUUAAACAGACAUCAUUUGAACAGCUAUUCUAGGCCACAUGCUGUGUUAGGCACAGUCACAACAACAACAAAAAAAGAAAGAAAGAAAAAAAUGAAAAGAUAAGGUGCUUGUCUAGUAUAAAUUAAAAGGCCCAAAGGAAUUUAAUCUAAAAGGAAAAAUAUGACAACUUUCUGUCUUUCCAUUGAAACAGUCCUGGUUUCUUCUCAGGAGGGAAUGAAGUGAAUAAAAUGAAUUAAAAAAGAAGAAAAGAGGGAAAGAAAAGGGAAUGAGAAAGGAAGAAGGAGAGAGAGAGAAAAAAAAAACAAGCUAUAGAUCAUUAAAUUCCAAAGAUGUUACCAGAAAUGGAAAUUAUUUGUUCAGUUGUUCGGCAAGUUGAAUCUUGUUAUGUCCCAGGUGCUGGGAUACUGUGUUGGAAAUGCCUGCUCCUUUCUCCCAGAACUUACACUUCAAUGGAAAUAGACGGAAAUACGUCUUCUAAAUGGAUCUUGACCUUUUCCUGUUAAUGUUAAAGGUGGAAUGGACUUACUUGUAAAAGAUUUAAAAGAUGUGUCCUCUUGUCCUUCAGAAAAAUACCAGAUCAUUUCCUGAAAGCUUUAGUCCCAGUUCCACAUCUUGAAGUUUCCUUCCACAAAUUUUAAUAUUAGAUCCCAAGCUCUUGUCCUAAGAGCUUGUUCUGAUCAUCAGCAGCAAGUAGUUUAUAUCAGUUUUUUAAAGAAUGUGUCCCAUAGUUUGACCAUUUAACCAGGAAUUAAAAUGUCUCCCUCUCCACCUCUCCAUGAAGAAUUGCUUGGAUUUCUAGGUAAUAAGGGAUGAAAAAUAAUCAGUGACAGUAUACUCUCAUAUUGAAUUGUUUCAACUUCUUUUGCAGUGUUUAGAUCCUCACGUUUGUGAAGGAUCUCAUCGUAGGUAAGGAAGGUGGAGGUCACUCCUCCCCUGGUCCCCGCGGUGCCCGUGCUCACUCAUGUCCUUGCGUUUGGCUCAGAAUAUUACAAUUAUGUUUACUUCCUGUCUCUCCAGGGGCUCCUUCCUUCAAGGACAGACACUAGGGUUUAGUCAUCCUGUGUACUUCCUGCACACACAGCCUUGAAUAAUGGCUCCCUGCCUUCUCAAGUCCCUUGAAUAUCCCUAGUGCCUAACAAGGAACUGCUUGUGUCCCGCUGCUCAGGAAAUGUGAGAACUGAUCACCCACCACACCGCUGUGCCGGGGCUAUUUGGGGCUUGCUGUCAGGCAAGGAGAUGUUUUUACUUGGGCUUUCUGCCCUUGGGGAGUCUUCUCUUAAAUCAAGUCCAAAGUCCAAGGGGCAGGUGGCCAGAUGGUCCAAUGUGCUGCCCGGUAAGGCCAGGAGCCAAAGGAGCAGUACCCAGCCUCUCCAAGGAGUGCCCUUCUCUCCGGGAGAAUUGUGACAAGCAAGCGAGGAGGUCAGGGCCCAGGCUGAGCCCACACCGGAGCUUCCCAGCUUCCUCCCUUUGCUCACUUCGGGGCUUUUGGCGCACCUUGGAAAGCUAAGAGGUUUUUCCAACCCUAAAUGAGAGUACCUGUCACUUCAUUGGAUGGAUGAACAUCAGUCAGUGCCCUCCCUUUACCCAUCCGUAGACCAGAGGCGACCAGACACCAAGUGGAAGGAUGUAGCUGAGAACACAAGGAAUUUUUCUGUACAUAUUUCACAAAAGACGAGUCCACUAGAUUAAGUCCGAUGAUUGUUCCAUUUGAAGAUGGAACAGGAAAUUAAAGUGCAUUAAAAUUUCCUUAUUUGUUUUAACAUGUUGAGUGGAAUAGCUUCAUAGUACCAUGAGUUUGUCUUGCUUUUAAUACAGACUUAUCUGUAUUGCUUCAGUGGUUUCCAGGUUGGAGCAAGGUUAUUGUGAUUUAAAUGGGCAGCGCGAAAAGCCUCUGCAGGCUGCUCUGGGGAUCUCUCUUAUGGGCAAAUCAUUUGAAAUGCAUGAAACCUCAAGACAUGGUCUUCAGCAAAAAUUCCAUGACUUUAGUUAUGUUACUAUUGACUUUUCACAAAGAAAGAAUAUUUUCCUUGAAAAAUAAUUAGCUUGUCAUUUUUUUCCUUUGCAGCUUAAAGACAGUAGUGCCUUGCAUUAUGCAGAGUAAACUCUUUUCCAAAAAAAAAACGUAUUUUAGAGACCACAAGGACAAGGUUCCAGUUUGUCCAAAAGCUUUAUAAAGAGGCUGAGUGUGAAGAACUACAGGUCUUCAGGUUCGAUCUUCUACAUUUUAUUACAGAGAUUCUCAAGUCUGGUUUUGUAACCCUCAGAUUGGAGCCAGUGAUUUCAAAGGGUUCCACAAUUCUCUCAGACAAGUGAUUUUAUUUCUUUAUAAAAAGCGAUAAGUGAUAUAUGCUACAUAGCAAUUUUAAUUUGGGGAAGAGAAGGACAUCACUGACUAAAACAAUAAUACGAUUUCACUAGGUAAAAAAGUUGGCUACAUGUGCCUUCUUACUUUACCAUAAACAAAUGGGUUUUACGAUUUGCCUUCUGAAGUCUGCAACCUCAGCAAAGAAAUCUACACUGUGGAUUGAUUUUUCUGGUCACUAUAGAAAGUAUAUAAACUUAAAACACUUUGUAACAACAUAUUUACCCUGCCAAGUGCCUAUAUUGCAAUAAAAUGUUUGUCCUUGAAGAA